CGGAGGGCGUCGUGGUGAGCGUCGGUGCCGGGAACGGCAUUGUUGGUGGCAACGGUGGCAGUGGCAUGGACUGCAUGCCCCUACGCCCCGGUCCGUUUCACUAUCUGAUCAGUGAGCAAGCCAAGUCCCUGCAGGAGCUGCAGAAUGAAGUCGGCGCUCUGCUCGAGUUUCGGGAUCUCGUUAUCGAGACGUUCCCAAACCUCCGGCACAAGAUGGCCGCGACGGCGUCCGCGGGUGCGUCCGUGAUGUCCAGCUGUGCCCAAAGCUCGCACAUCCCAUUACCAUUGUCGAGCCCAUCGUCACGACGGAUCGGCGAAUGGGAACCUGGCAAGAUUCGGCGACGAGUUACGCGCGGUGAGGGUAACGGUGGGGGAGGCGAAUCUUCGUCCUCGCUGCCUAGGAGUCGCAGCAACUCUCACAGCGGCGGCACCAAGAACAACUGCAGCGCGACAGUCCAGGACUCCGGAUUCAGCACGGAGACUUCGUCGAAGGACAGCGCCUCGACGGCGAUCGCGCCCCGAGCGAGCAGUCCGCGGCCGAGCGCGCUGGACGAAGCGGAGGAUGAACUCUGGAACUUGUUGGAUGUGAUCCACCGUAAGGGUAUCCGAUUACGGGAAGAGGUCGAGUGUCUUCAGGGUCGUCUGGAAAGUGUGGCAUCGGAAGAAUUGGCGUCAACGGAUGUAUUGGAGGCUGUGAAGAAAGUUACCGGUCUUGGCGAUGCUGAAAGAACGAUUGAUCACGAUGGCAAUGUUGUUGACGAAGAUGUCGAUAGGCAGCAAGAUCCGCAGGUUAUAACGCUCAGGCGGGAAAAGGAACAGCUGUUGGACAAGGUGGCCGAACUCGAGGCAGAAACGAUAUCGAGUCGCGCGCGUUGUCAGGAGCUGCAAGCCGAGCUGGCCGCUCUGUCGGCUUUAAAGACUGGUCUCGAAGAUCGAUUGCGGGCUGGACUGUGCGAGAACGCGACUUCGGAAAUUGUAGCACCGGGUGCUCAAAGAUUGCAACCAAUUGCACCGGUGAUCAUCUCGCCAAAAAAGGCCAACGUUAGCAAUAUUAAGAGCAAGAGUUCGGCUUUCACGUCGGUGAACGGCAGUCCCGGGAGCAAAGUUGACAAAAGUCGCUUUCGAACGAGGACUAUAGAGAAGAACGUGUUGCUGGACGUGGUCGGACGCAAUGAAGAACCACGCAAGAUCGAUAUAGACGUAGACGCCAAUGUGAAAGAAAGACGAAUCAGACUGGGAGCGCUCGAUUCCAUUCUGAUAUCGCCCGCUAAAGUGACUCACGUGAUGAGGAAGGACGUAGAUUCGAAGAAGAUAGUAGCCAUUCUUCACGAGCGCUCGCAUCUUGAGCUUCAGCGGCAUCUAAUCACCACUACCGUCCAUAAUCAGGUCCUACAGAAAAAGUUAGAUGAGGUUCAAAAAAGUACAGAAACUCUUUCCGAGCGAUUAGACAAAGCGCGGGAAGAAAACGAUGAUUUGCGGUUCCAGUUAGAGGAACGGAACAUCGAACUAGAAGGCACGCGAGCGCGAGUGCGCGUGUUAGAACGUCUUCAGCAACGACCGCCGACGGAGGCUGAACCCGAAGACUCGGAACAGUUGAGAUGUGAACAGAGCGGUCUUGAGCCCGGUAGCAGUACGGAAUCCGCGCGAGAUCAUCAUCAGCCGGUAGAGAUCAAACCGUCGCCGCGGCGACGUCCUAGUCGUAUACCUUUACCGGGCAAUACAAGUGGCAAGACAACGUCGACGACAUCGACAGCAAGCGCGACCGCAACGACGCCGCCGCGACCACCUAGUCACGGCAGAAACGACAGCAAGGAAUCGCUCAAGUCACUUACGAGACCGCCGCGUGAUUCUAGUCGCGACAGUCAUAGCGGUGGCAAAUCGCUGUCGAAAGCGCGCGACUCGAGUCGGGACUCGCUCAACAACAGAAGUCUGUCUAGAAACGGCGGAUGCAAUGGAAGCAGCAGCGGUAACGGUGCCGGGAGCAACAAGGAAACAAAUAGGGAAUCGUCCUUGAACAACCGCUCUCUGCCUCGUAAUAAUUCCAGCCGAGACUCCCUAAACAAAUCUUCCUCGCUGUCUCGCGCCCGUGACUCACUGGAGUCUAACAACAAUGCGUCCUCGCCUACGACGGGGACGAUUAAUGCCCCGCCUCGACGACCGCCCGCACCGGCGCGUCGUUCCCACAGCCUGGCGCGCGCGGCGACGUCUGUCGAUACGUCCGAGAACGGCAAGAACUGCACCGAACCAAUGAGCUCUUUAUGUUCGACCAACAGCAGCUUCCGUCACAGCGAUUCAUCGCUCUAUCCAGAUUCCCUGAAUCAAGAAACGUCAUCUGUCACCGGUUCUACGCGGGUAGAAUUUAUAAUUGGCUCGCCCACCAGACGUUUUCGCACGAGCGCCACGUGGUCGCAUCGUUACUUCGACAGCAUCGAUUCGACGGCCACGGUGCCGAAGAGUUUACUGACCGACGAGUUUCCUCUAGGACGCGGCGAGGCUCUCGCCGAGUGCGAUUCGCUUGAGUGUCAUCAGAUUUCUAGUGACUAUUAAGAACAACGAUGAUCAUUGAGUCAUCUAACUUUACGCUAAAUACUAAAUGAAUAUAACGAGUCUCUACAGCGAACUCUUGCUUUUGUUUUUCUUCUUCUCAUCUUAUGUUGUAAUCUAAAUCUGCGUGGCCUUAUCACGUGGACGUCUGAAUGAAAUUCUAGACACGUAAAACAUUGGUUCAGAGAAUGCGAUACGCGUCGAAGUGACCCUAAUUCCUGUGCCUUUUUAAUCUCUUGUGUUUUUUUUCCCUUCAAAAAACAUCAUUGUGCUAGCAAAGAUGAUUUUAAAUUUGCAAUAAUCCACAAAACAAUCUUUUUUAAUUGAAUUAAAAAUAUUUAUUUCUUUAU